AACUUAUCCAGGUUCAUUACAAAGUGUCUCCCUAGCCUUCCAACUCCCCCGAAAGACAAACAAUUAAUCCAGAUUCAUUACCAAUCUCUUGGUCCCCUCCACUAAACGUCAAAAAUAUUACUCGCUUUUUCCUAAUUUCCUAUCAUUUUCCUUCAUGUUUCUAUAAUUAUUCAACAAUUUGAUGCUAUAAAAUUACACCAAUAACCCAAUAAUUACUGUAAAAGUUGUUAUAUAAAAGCCUCAGAUUCUCAUUCUAACCAAUUCACCUGAGGCUUAGGCAAAGCUUCAGAAGAAAUCAAAAAUGGCUUCCAUGACGUCUUUUUGUGUCAAUAAAUCCAAGUUCAUGCCUUCUUUUCCAAAUCAAACAAACACCCAAUUCAUCCCUUCCUUCAAUCUUUCACUUCAAUCAUCAAAACCCAUUUCUAAAUCGCUUCGACUAAGAGUUUCAUCGCAGUUGAUUGAACCUGAUGGUGGGAUUUUAGUGGAAUUGGUUGUUGAUGAACCAUUGAGAAGAGAGAAGAAAAGGGAAGCUUUGGAAUUGCCUAGAAUCAAGCUUUCUAAAAUCGAUCUACAAUGGGUUCAUGUUCUUAGCGAAGGUUGGGCUAGUCCUCUUCGUGGGUUCAUGAGAGAAAAUGAGUUCCUCCAAACGCUUCAUUUCAAUUCGCUCCGACUUGAUGACGGAUCUUUUGUCAAUAUGUCGGUGCCGAUCGUACUCGCCAUUGACGAGUUGGUCAAGACUCAGAUUGGCGAGUCGAACCGAGUCGCGCUUUUUGACCCAUCUGGGGUUGAGCCUGUUGCGAUCCUCAAUGACAUUCAAAUAUACAAGCACAACAAAGAAGAGCGAAUAGCAAGAACAUGGGGUACUUCUGCUCGUGGUCUACCUUACGCAGAGGAAACGAUAGCAAAUGCUGGAGAGUGGUUGAUUGGAGGGGAUUUAGAGGUUCUAGAGCCUAUCAAGUAUAAUGAUGGUCUUGAUAGGUUUCGGAAAUCUCCUGCUCAGCUCCGCAAAGAAUUCUUGAAGCGUGAUGCUGAUGCAGUCUUUGCUUUCCAGCUUAGGAAUCCAGUGCACAAUGGCCAUGCUCUGCUAAUGACUGACACACGUCGUCGUCUUCUUGAGAUGGGGUAUAAGAACCCCAUCCUUUUGCUUCAUCCACUUGGAGGGUUUACCAAGGCCGAUGAUGUUCCAUUACAUUGGCGUAUGAAGCAACAUGAAAAGGUGCUUGAAGAUGGUGUGUUAGACCCGGAGACCACUGUUGUCUCGAUAUUUCCUUCUCCUAUGCACUAUGCCGGUCCAACUGAAGUACAGUGGCAUGCAAAGGCUCGUAUUAAUGCUGGUGCCAAUUUCUAUAUCGUUGGCCGUGACCCAGCUGGUAUGGGUCAUCCUGUUGAGAAAAGAGACCUGUAUGAUGCUGACCAUGGGAAAAAGGUGCUUAGCAUGGCUCCUGGACUUGAGCGGCUCAACAUCCUUCCCUUCAAGGUCGCUGCCUAUGAUAAGACGCAAGGGAAAAUGGCAUUCUUUGAUCCAUCUAGACCACAAGACUUUGUGUUCAUCUCGGGAACCAAGAUGCGAACUCUUGCUAAGAACAAAGAAAGUCCGCCGGAUGGAUUUAUGUGCCCCGGUGGAUGGAAGGUGUUGGUGGAAUACUAUGAUAGUCUUGCUUUUAGCGAAAAUGGCAAGAUUCCUGAAGCUGCUGCUGUAGCUGUGUGAUAGUAUCCUAUCUUAUCCGAUCCUAUCCUAUUAUUACGACUUGAAAGUUGUAAACUUGUCGAUUGGGAGAAACAUUUAUGCUUUCGACUCUCCUGUGUGGGAUAUUGCUUCGUAAUUUCUGUACAGUUUUUUUUAUUUAUCUUCUUGGCUGAUAAAAACCUCGACGUGGUGUGUGAGAAUGUAGGGAACUGAGCAUUGUUCCCAAAUCAAAGCUCUUAGAAAGCAAUUUAAGGGCGAGUAUGAAUCGUCCUGAUCAGACUUUCACUAGCAUUGUAAGAAAUUGGAAUGAAGAAAGAUGGAUGUUUUCAAACUUUUCA